GAGCAGCGGCAUCAGCAGCAGCAGAGAGUCAGUGUGUGGCAGAGGGCCGAUGUGGACGGUAAACCCGAGUGCCGAAGCUGCCGUCCGUCUCUUCCUAUCUCUCCCACUCUCUCUCCCUCUCUCUCUCUCCCUCGAGCCCUCCUUCCCUCGUGACGGGACAGACGACGUUGGCGGCUAUGCGCGAGUCGCGGACAAAAUGCUGCAUCAGUCCCGAGUGUCACUACUACAGUAGUUUCCUUGGGUCACAAUGUCAUGAACACGGUUUGAACGGCCCACUUCGAUGAAGAUGGUCGCUCAGAUGCCCAGUUGGUCCUUCUUCUCUUGGGGUUUCUUGAUGAUGACACUUUCGUAAAACAGGAAAAAAAAAAAAGGAAGCGGUUUCCUUCGAGCUGUGCAUGACUUCCAGGCGACGUGGAACAAUUGUAUAUGGUCCCUCAAACUUUCACUGGCCCCUCUCGUUUCGCAUAAAAGAAGGAUCUGAUGAUUGGAACAGAGGGAUAUUUUGCACUGGGAUUUCGUGUAGGUACUAGAAGGACGAAAGAGGAAAAACUCGAAGAAGUAAGACACUACUACUUCUCUUAGUGUGCUAAUCCUUGAAAGAACGUGUGUGCGACGCCCCUCUCGGAGAGCGAGCGAGCGAGCGACUUUUGAAGGUCUCCAAGCCGCCUGGAAAAAAGGAAAAUGCCCACUCGCGUUCCAGGCAUCAGAAACAAUGGCGAAUAAAGACGCUUGAGAAAUGGAGAAAAGAUUUCUCGAAGAAGUUAUUCCACAGAGUACUGACUGAAUAGUUGUGUUGCCUCUACACGAAUCACACGCGUUUCAGGGCUCUUUCUAACCCCCAUCCCCCGUUCCCCCUUCUCUCUCUCUCUCUCUCCCCCAACUCUCUCGCUCGGUUUUCGCAAGAGCGUCAAUGCGAAGGCUGCAGGCGACGGUCGCCGAUGCCUUCGAACGAAAAGGACACCUGCACCAGAAGACGUCGACGCUGAAGGGUAAGGAGCUCUUGAAGGGGGAAGCAGAAGGAGUGAAGGGAAACCACAUUAUCGUCAUUUUCUCCUACUUGGUCACGCUCUAGAUUUAACUGUCCAGGUUAAUUACUACCUUAUAUUAAGAUGACAGAAAGAGCGGACAGUCAUGAGGUGACCAGAGAGCUGCUUCUAUUGAAAGUAGGCAAAUGAUAAUGGUGGUGAUGGUGGUGACGAUGAUAGUGGUGAUGACGAUGAUGUUGCACCAAAAGAUGUUGCUGCUGUAUCUCCUUCUCAUCAUCAUCCUGUUUCUCACACAAGGUGACUCAGCUUACACCGAGAAAAGUGUGGAGAUCACGGAGCUGCUGGUCCCCGAGUCGCCACGGGACGGCGAUGACGUCACCCUCACAUGCAAGUUCCGCAUCGCCGGCAUCAAUCACCGACUGUACACGGUGAACUGGUGGCGCGGGAAAGACCAGUUCUACACUUACAAAGGAAGCAGCCAGGAGCCCAAGAGUUCGUUCUCUUUCAAGGGCAUCACUGUCAAGAACGAGGAAUCGUCUAAUGAGUCCGUUGUAUUGAAAAGCGUCUCCGAAGAAACUUCGGGUCUCUUCAAGUGUGAGGUGAUGGGCGAAGGUCCCACCUUCAAAACGGCGGUCCUGACGAAGUCCAUGAGUGUUGUAGUGCCUCCGGAGAGAGUGGAGAUCAGGACAUUCGCCUACCCGGAGAACGCCUUGUACCGCGCUGGGGACACCAUCGACCUCAACUGCACCGCCAGGAACGCCAAGCCCAGGGCAGACCUCACUUGGGAGAUCAACGGACGCAAGGUGCGAGACCUGGAUCUCCACAUGUACCCCGACCAUUACGACAACCGCCACCGGGUGACGUCAACACUGGCCAUCCGCUGGUCGGCGCCCGACUACUUCGAACGAAACCAGGCCACCGUCAAGUGCAUAGCCGACGUGUCGGGUCACAAGAAGACGGCCACCAAGGAGCUCUACUUAGACCCGGCAUCGAGCGCCGCCUUCAACCAUCGAUACGCGUCGUCAGGUCACCACCCGACGGCGAGAUUGCAAACUUGGACUAUUCUGAUAUUCACAUCUAUUUUUAUAAACACGGCAUAUCUAUAGAAACACAGAUAUGGACGAGAUGAAAAGCUUUGUCUCUGUACAUGAAGGGAUGAAGAAAAGCCGCUUUGUUUUCUAGUUAAUGAAAACGGAAGACGCGUUCUCCCCUCUCAAUGUUAUGUAAACAGAAGAAACUUUUAGCUCUCAAUUUUAUGGAAAAUGAGAGGAAUAUUAUAUCUCUCAAUUUAAUGAAAAUGGGAAAAGUUUAUACCUCUCAAUUCAAUGAAAAUGGGAAGAAAUUUUUUCCUUCUCAGUUGAGAGAAAACGGAGGAUACGCUUUACCUGUUUAAAGAAAACGUAAGAAACUUUUCCUCUGCAUUAAAGAAAACGGAAGAAGCGCUUCACCGUUCGACGUAAUGCAAACGGAAUAUAUAAACGCUUGACCUUCAUUCACUGCGAAGGAAAGAGACGGUGUAGUCACGUGGAAGCGUGACGUGUGUGACUCAGUUUCCGUGACAUGCCAUUGCGAUGUGUUAAUUGUAUUUAGUCUUAAGGCCGCCGAUAAAGAGACCACGAGUGAUGUCGAGGAAAUCUGGAACUCGGUUAUUCGAUAAACAGAUGAUCUACAGAGCACCUGCUGACCCCCUUUUAUCACCGACCUCUGUUUUAUCAGAUCCGUUAUCAGUAGUGAUGUUAUUUCCGUCUGUUCCCCCCUCCUUCCCCCAACCCCAACCCCACCCUAACCCCCCUUUGGCCGUAGGUGGUGAAGUUUUUUGGUUGUCGUUAUUAUUGUGAUACAUCUCAUUGCUGUUUAUUCUACGUGUUAUUAUCGAUAUUAAGAUUGAUAGUAGAAUUAUUAUUAUUAUUAUUAUUAUUAUUAUUAUUAUUAUUAUUAUUAUUAUUAUUAUUAUUAUUAUUAUUAUUGAUGUCAUGCUAUUGUGAGAUUAAUACAACUGUAAUUUUGCUAAGUGCCAUUAUUGAUAUUAAUAUUGAUAGUAGUCUCAUUAUUAUUAUUAUUAUUAUUAUUAUUAUUAUUAUUAUUAUUAUUACUGGGCGCUGUUGUCGUUAAGAUUUAGUCUUUUUUUGUCCUAGUGAUCAAUAUCCUUUCGUUUUCAUUGUAAGUGUGAAUUAUCGAUAUUAAUAUUGAUAGUAAAAUUACCCAUUAUUUCCACUAUAUUAAUUUUGUGGCUGUUGUAAUAGUACCUCCUUUAUCCAAAUCGUAGAAAAGUAGAGAACUGUAUUUGUCGCCAUAAUCUUAUAUAAUAAUGACCCCAUCAUCAUUUUGAUUUCACUUCCCUCUGCAUUUGCAAUUAGGCUUAGGUAAGUUUGGACACUUUGGUUAUACCUAUAUAGAACAUUAAGCAUACUCUAUAUAAAAAGUAAAUAAGUAGCUGUUUGGUACUUAUGUACUUAAAGAGGUUAAUAGUACCAUUGCAGAAUCUUGCUGAUAGAAAACGAAAAAAUGAAAUAUUAAAAGAAUUUACUGCGAAGGAAGACAUGCAAUUGGUUUUUUAAUAUGUCCAGUCAAACUGCCAUUAUGGGAAGUACUAUGAACUAAUAACAAUGUGAAGUAAUCCCUCCACUUGGACACAUUUAUGUAUGUUUGUGUGUGUGUAGCGGACCGCGAUAUAUAAACACCAGAUACACAUGCAUGUGUAUAUGUGCAUGUGAAAGAUGUAAAAGCAUAAAGUGCAUAAAGCAUACAUGUAUACAUACUGACAGACAUCCGCAGUUAAUAAAUAUGGAAAAUAUGCAAGAAUACAUGCACACAAUAACUUUCCAAUAGUCCAUUUGUACAUAUGAAUAUACGUUCACAAACACCAUACGAAUACAUGCACAAACAUCAUCAAAGCGACAUACGUGCAUUGCAAUUGCAUUUUGAAUUUUACUGAAGUUUUUCAAAUCCAACUUAAAUGUCAUAUAAGUAAUUCAUGUUUAAGUGAUUCCCUCCAUGCAUACUGCCCCCAAAAUGCUAUGUGAUUUUAAUUUUACUAAAUUAAAUGUCAGUGUGAGACAAACGUCAAAGAAUCACGAAAUGCAUCGGAAUAUCUGUGUGCGUGCAGAUAAUAAUAAUAAUAAUAAUAAUAAUAAUAAUAAUAAUAAUAAUAAUAAUAAUAAUAAUAAAUAAAUAAUAGUAAAAAAAGGAGCUUGAAAAAUAACUUCUCAAGAUACUAUAAUUUUCAUUGAGUUAUGUUUAUCAAUCACAUUACUUCACUUAUUGAUAUCAUUAUCCCUAUUACCUAAUGAUUAUUAUUAUUAUUAUUAUUAUUAUUAUUAUUACCUAACACGAUACAUAUUCGUAUUUUCCCCAGUGUUCCCUUACGCAACUCAAGGUUUUAUUCCGAUACCUAUAUUUUACUAAAUAAUAACAAUUACCACUGAAACGGAAGUUCAACCUACGAAACACGAAAGGAAAAAAAUAUUACAUUAAUAAUUAGCAAAUUCUUCUCUCUCCUCUUCGUCGUCAUCAUCAUCAUCACAAUCAUCAUCAUCAUCACGGAACAACUAGAAGAUGAAGAAAGGAAUUGAAAAAAUAAAUAAAUAUAAAGAGGACAAAUUGAAAGAGUAUAUAUGUAAAAAGAAGAAAAUGAAGAGGAUAGAGAAGAUAGCAUUGAUGGUAAUUGGAGAGCAAAAAAAAAAAUGGAAAUAAAUAAAUCUUGAGGGAAAAAAGUAUUUUAAAACAAAUAAAGGGACGAACAACAAAGUAAAGUGAAAAACCUCGUAGAAAAUGAUGUAGGGGGGAAGAAAAAGAAAGAGAGAAAAAAAAACACGGAAACAGAUAAAAAAUAUAAAAAAAAAGAUAAAUAACACCAACGUUUAAAAAAAAUAACCCUCGAAGCAAUAGAAGAAUGAUAACAAUGGAAUUCACUCCUUCCGAAAUCAAUGGUGGGGUUUAUUCGGUGCUUAAGUGACACAUGUCUCACUCCUUUCGGAUUCCUAGACAAGCGAUAUACAAUUCUGCAUAUAUGCAAUGUAUAUUUGCUCGGGGAUUUGAGAGAGAGAGAGAGAGAGAGAGAGAGAGAGAGAGAGAGAGAGGAUUGAACGUACUCAAGUGGUUGGUGGUUUGAGAACUAUAUACCUGCAUCUCUCUCUCUCUCUCUCUCUCUCUCUCUCUCUCUCUCUCUCUCUCUCCCAACAUACUGUUAAACAGUUUCAACCUGCUUUUAGGCGUUUCUUUUUUAUUCUGAUAUUCGAACUCAAUUUAUUUCCUUUCUCGGCGCAAUCGGGUUUUCUGUUCAGCAGCUACAGCAUAUAACCAAGGCCACCGAAAACUGAUCUUCCGGUGGUCUCGGUAUAAUGCUGUAUGAGCUGCGGACCAUGAAACUUUAACCACGGUCCGUGGUGGCCUAUCCUAUAUCGUUGUCAGAAGGACGAUCAUGGCUAACUUUAACCGUAAAUAAAAUAAAAACUAACGAGGCUAGAGGGUUGCAAUUUGAUACUUUUGGUGAUUGGAUGGUGGAUGAUCAACGGACCAAUUUGCAGCCCUCUAGCCUCUGUAGUUUUUAAGAUCUGAGGACGGACAAAAAAAAAGUGCGGAAGGACAGACAAAUCAGUCACAAUAGUUUUCUUUUACAGAAAACUAAAAGCAACGUGCGUUAAAGAAAAAAAAGAGAGA